AUGCCACCAGUAAAAAUACUAAAUCCUAGGGUUAUCUUCUCAGGCAUCCAGCCUACGGGCGUGCCUCAUCUGGGUAACUAUGUCGGCGCCUUACGACAAUGGGUUCAGCUUCAGCACACCGAACCAGAUGCCAAGCUCAUCUACUCCAUCGUAGAUCUUCACGCUAUCACUAUGCCGCAACCGCCGGAGCAGUUGAGAAGGAGGAAGAGGGAGGCAUUGGCUGCGUUGUUGGCUAUUGGCAUUGAUCCUGAGAGGGCGACUUUGUUCUAUCAGUCUUCUGUCCCAGCUCAUUCAGAGCUUAUGUGGAUUCUUAGCUGCACAGCAUCCGUUGGAUAUCUCUCACGGAUGACACAAUGGAAGGCAAGUAAACUCAAUCUUGGUGAGAAGUCCACUAUAGACGACAAGCAAGCUGGUUCUCGCCUCAAGCUCGGCCUCUUCUCGUAUCCCGUGCUUCAAGCAGCCGAUAUUCUCGUUCACAGAGCAACACAUGUCCCUGUUGGACAUGACCAGCAGCAACAUCUUGAGUUUGCCCGUGAGUGCGUGACAAACUUCAAUGCAGCCUACGGUAAUCACCUUGUUUCCCCUCAAACUCUCAUCCCCCCGGUUCACAGAGUGAUGUCUCUCAAUGACCCAACAUCCAAGAUGUCCAAGUCUCACAAAUCAGAAAAGUCACGCAUUCUUAUCACAGACUCCCCUGAGGAUGUCAAGGCCAAGAUUGGCUCCGCAAAGACAGAUUCCGUCCCCGGCAUUACUUACAACCAAGCUGAACGACCAGGAAUCUCCAAUCUAUUGGAUAUUCUCUCCAUCUUUGACGCUGAGGGCAGGAAAGGCGUGGAGCUUGCAGAGCAGUACAACGACAUUAGCCCCAAGCAGCUCAAGGAGAUGGUCACCGAUGCCGUAAUUGGUGGUCUGGCCGGUAUUCGUGACAAGUAUCUUGAAUUACUGAACAAGGGAGACCAGUAUCUUGAUUCAGUUGAGAGAAUUGGUGCCCAAAAGGCACAAAAGAGUGCCGACGACACCAUGCAAAUUGUUCGAGAUUCCGUCGGGCUUUGA